GUUGAUGAAGAGUACCAAACCUGAUGCAGAAUCCUGCAUUCGAACUGCGCAAUGGCUACACGAUCAGCUGCCGAUUCGUUUUGCCAGGCGUAUUGAGGACAUCCUGCAGCUACCUCAUGUGGUGGUCAUCAAUCCCCAGAUCAACAGCAUCCUCUCGACUUACCUGGAGACGUUCGAAGCCAUUCACUCUUUUCCUCCGAUUCGGACGCAGGACAACGAGAUGGCAUUUCUGCAAGUCAUUCGCGAGCAACUAGCAAAGCACAAUCCCGGAACCCGCUUGAUUGCGGAGGGCUACCGUGAAGUGCGUCGCUUGUAUCCCUCGAUCCACCUGGACGCAUUCUUGCACGAUCACUUUACGACCCGGAUCGCUACGAGAAUUUUGAUGGAUAACUACAUGGAGAUGCGUGUCCCACGAGAAGAGCACAUUGGAGUGGUUCGGCAAAACAUGCGGCCGCUCAAGAUCGUGCAGGAAAUCGCAGGCGAACUCACUUUGCUCACCACAUCCCUCUACGGCUGCGCCCCGGAGGUCGAAUAUCGCGGCAAUCCGGAUUGCAUUCUUGACUACAUUCCCAGACAUGUGAAGUACAUGGUGAGGGAGCUGCUGAAGAAUGCUUUCAGAUCCACUGUCGAACGGCAUUUGGCGAGGAGUACCAUGUCCGACAAGUUGCCGCACGUUGCCGUGGAAUUGCAGCAGGGGGACAUUCACGUGAUCUUUAAGAUCUCGGACCAGGGGGGUGGCAUGCCCAAGAGUCUGCAGCGCGAGGCUUGGAAAUAUGGCUGGACAACCGUGGACGUGAACAAAAAGAGCCCUGAAGCCUUCCAAUACGCGGAGGAGUCAUGCAGCUGGGAUCGUGGGAUGGAUUCCAAAGCGCCAGAGCGCAGCGAGCUCGCGGGAUACGGCUUCGGACUUCCACUGACACGCCUGCAUGCGCAGUACUUCGGAGGAGAUGUUUUCAUGCAGGCGCUGCCCGGUCAUGGGACGGAUCUAAUCCUGAUCUUGACCCACCUCAAGGAGGGGACGCCCUCCACGGAGUUCGACGAUCUCUCAACACUCCUCUACAAGAAAGCGCUUGAAAUCAUGAAAUCUGUGGAUCAGCAAGGCGCGCGGCUCCUUCUGCAGCUCCAGGCGGACCUGCUCAAGAUCCGCAAGGAAGCGCAGAAUUCAGCCGUGCUCCGCGCAGAGCAGGAGCUGCAGAAAACCGCCAGAAGCAAGGGUGUCAAGCUGAGGCCGUCAAAGUUGAAAUUUCCUGGAGGCCUUCAAGAUUUCCAUUAUGUCCAUGGCAGCAGCCCUGUGGCCCAGCCUUCGGCUGCCAAUGCCACGAAUCGCAAGAAAGGUGCGGGCGACUGCGCCGGACUAGAGCGGAACCUCCUUAUCGUUCUGCAUGGCUUCGGCGGCCGGAAGGAGCCCUUUGUGGACUUCGCCCAGAAGAUGCGGCUGCCGCUGACCGCUUCCCUUGUCUUCAACGCUCCUGAGGCUCUGCCCGAGGAGCUCCUGGACGACCCGCCAGGCUUCAGUUGGUUUUCCAUGUGGGACGAGAACACCGGGGACUUCAUCCAGCCGUCUCGGAAGGAGCGCCGAAGGCUAAAGUCGAUGGAGGAAAGCAUGGACCUACUCUGGAAAGCCAUUAGCAUCCUUACCGUCGAUUUCGGUUGGCGCCUGAAUGAGAUCUUCCUCUUCGGCUACGGCCAGGGAGGCUCGGUGGCUCUGGACAUGCUACUCAGGCCCCCGCCGCCAUCAGCGGGCGGAUCUUCGCUCGGCGGUGCUGUGGCGGUCGCAGGGGAGCUGCUGCCCGAACGUCGGCACGACACGCCGCGGUCGGAAGGACAGGAGGCUGCUGUGCUCCUCAUCAAUGGCGGACAAGACAGGCUCACCAGCCCAGCAGCAGCCGAAGCAUCAGCACAGCAUCUUCGAAAGGUGCUGCGUGGUCCUGUACGGCUGGAAGUCUUCCCCGACCGCGGUGCAGAAAUGCUGCAUGGGGAGGCGGAGUCUCGAUGCUUCAUGGAGUUUCUCUCGGAGCAUUUGCACGGGGUUGGCCGCAAGGGCAGCGAGGAGGCCAUGCGCAAGUUGGGGGCCGAGCCUGUCGCCUUCACGGAGGACGGGCUUUGUGUGGUGCAGCAAGUCAGCGAUGGCUUCCUCGACGAGAUGGAUUGUCUGCUACGCGAAGUCGUGUGCAUCAUUCGAGCUAGGUGUGGCAUCAAGCGUCACCGACAACGAUUAGUUUUCGCUGGUCGGCUGCUUCAGGAUGGCAGAACUCUGGAAGCCUACGGCGUAGACCGGAACAGCACGAUCCAUCUGCUUCACGGACAGCAGGGUGGCGGCGAUGGCCCAUCGGGUGUCGACAUCAGCCAGAUGCCUCCGCAGCUGGGAGCCCUCCAGCGGCACGUUCUGCAGAACCCCGACAUCCUGCAGCAAAUGCUCGAGUCGCCGGCUAUGCAGAGCUUGCUGAACGAUCAUGACUUCAUGCGCAGCCUGCUCAAGAUGGAUCCCAGGCUGUCCAAGCUCCUGGAGACCUGCCCGGAGCUGAACCUCAUGCUCCACGACCCAGAGGUCAUGAAGCAGGCGACGGAAGCACUGCGAAAUCCAGUGCACGUCCGCGAUGUCAUUCGCAGCACUGAUCGCUCGAUGUCCCAGCUCGAGGGGCUUGGAACCGGAUCCUUCGACGUGCUGAGGCAGAUGUGCGAAGACAUCCGGAGGCCCAUGCAGGACGAAGAGUAUGUUCGACUCUUAGCGGCCGCGGAAGCCCAGAAGAAGGAGGCGGAGAAG